ACAUAACCGCUAGAAUCGUUGUUAUCGUCUUCCAUAUUUUUUAUAAAAAAUGAUUUAACAACUUCCUAUUUCCUACAUAUAAAAUCGAUGAAAAUCUAUUUGACUUAUUUUAAUAUUUAUACGAAAUAUUGAAUUAAUAUUAAAUCGUCUUUUUAAAUCUUUCCAAGGUCUACAGUGAUUGGUUAGUUCUAUCCUGUUUAAACCAAUCAUAAGCAAUCCGUUCGAAGAGUAUUUUUACAUAAUAAUGGACCGAAAAUAUGACAUUAAAAGUGAACAUCAAUACUAUUCGGGAGAAUAUUCAAUUAGAACUAUUUCAAAUGAUAAUUUGGAAUUUUGGAUGACACGACUUCCGAAAUCAUUAAAAAAUGUAUCCAUUAUAUAUCUCGCUAUACCCGGUUCGCAUAAUACGAUGACUUAUACCAUAGAACGACGUAACGAAGUAGGGCCUGAUGAGCCUGCAUACAUCAGAGCAUUGGGUCGUUAUUGUUCGAUUUUUUCAAAGCCUGUCAUUUUUAAUUGGUCUGUUACACAAAAGAACAAUGUAAGGGAACAACUGAAUGGUGGAAUAAGAUAUUUGGAUUUACGAGUUGCUACGAAAACAAGGGACGACAAUAUUUAUUUUCUUCACGGUUUGUAUGGAUCAGAGGUCACCAAGCCAUUAGAGGAUAUUGUACGUUGGUUAAAUUAUCACACAAACGAAGUUAUCAUUUUAGAUUUCCAACAUUUUUACAAUUUUUCGGAUAGAAAUCAUCGUCGUCUUGUUGCGAUAAUAAAUGACAUUUUUCGUGAGAAAUUAUGUCCGACGUUUUCCUCUUUCGAUCAUAUGUCUUUGAAUUGGCUUGCUUCGAAAAGGUAUCAAGUUUUUGUCAUUUAUAGAAACGUUUACGCGAUGAAUCAUGCGAAUUUAUGGCCAAGCGAUCUCUGGCCUACUCCUUGGCCAAAUACCGUAUUUGUCGAUCAACUCGUAGAUUUUUUAAACGAUAAACUUCAAAAACGUUCACCCGAUAUCGCUUUAAUAUCGCAAUGUCUCUUAACUCCUAAUAUAUCGUACGUUAUGAAACAUCUGUGUGGAAAUUUACAGUCAGAUUUAGCGCCAAUAUGUCAAAAGGCGAUUCUUGGUUGGAUAAGUCAACACAAAUCUGGGUCUAAUGGUUUAAACAUCGUUAUAUCUGAUUUCAUAUCCGAUAAAAAUUAUUUAUUUCCAAAGACAGUUGUUCAAACUAACCUAAAACUUUUAAAAGAUUUGUAGAUUUGUUUAAACUUUUAUGAUAAGAAUAGAUUCAAAUUUAUUCAAAGUAAUUUUUAGAAACAUUUUUUAGCAAUGGAUGGGUCUUUUAACUUUCUAUGAUAGUAUAAAUCCAUUGGAAAGACAUGUAUUUCAUAUACAUACGUAUUAUUUAUAUAAUUACAAUAUAUGAUAUUUACAAUACUUAUAAAAUUCAUUCAAUGCUAACAUGUAUUAACACAUAACAAAUAUGUAAAUAAUGAGCAAGGGAGGAGCAUGAUAUUUCAAGUAUGUUGUAUUAAGUAAUGCAGUUAAUUUUUUUAAGUUAUAUAUUAGAACAUGAUAUAACAUGACGGUAGAAAAAAGUUACUUACAUAUCUUCCGUAUUUAAGAGUACUUGUUUUUCAGGCAAAAUGCAUACACCCCUUUCAUGCACCUUUUAUUCUAUUAAUAAUAUAUGCUUUUAUUUUGAAUUAAUGAAAUGAUUUUCAAAAAAUGGUUCAAUGAAAACAGUCUCUUAGUUAUAAUAAAAAUUCAGCCUUAUAGUAGUAACUUGGCUGUAUUAGAUAAAGCAUACUCUGAGAAUAAUAUGUAUAUUCAAAGCAUAGAAUUUCAAUACAGACUUGUAUUAAAAUUUGUAUAUAUUAAUUUUUCUAAUAUUGAUUUUAGUAUGAAAUCAUUGUGUAUAAUUUGUUUAAUGGAACUAUAUUUAUCAUACUAAA